CUGGAGCGGAGGGUUCUGCCCCUUGCCCAUCUCCCAGGGCUGGCACGGAGCAACUCCCCUCUGCUCCAGUGCUGAACCGGUCACUGUUCCCCCCGUGUGUCCCCUGGAAGGCACCAGGAGCUGUCCCCAAGCGGGGUGUCCCGGGGUGCCGAUCCCUGCUCCCAGCUCCGCUGGCAGUGCCCUGGGGCUGCGAGGGCAGGGAAGACGUCGGGGCUGUUUAAUCAUUAAACCUGGGGCGUCUUGGAAGAGGCGGGGACGCUUCCCUGCCACUUCACCCUGUACCUUGCUCUCUCUCGCAAGCCCUGCAGCCAUGAAGCAAACAAAAGGGCUCGAGGGAGACAAGAUGUCCAUCAUAAAAUUUGAAUUUAACCCCAAAGUUGGGAUCGACAACCCUGCCUUGACACUGACUGAGGACACGGAUGGUGAGGGUGUGGGGGAGCCCCGCUUCUACCUCCUGACCAAGGACAGCACAGAGACCUUUGGCUUCUGCCUCCACGAGGAGCUGGGCUGCCAGGGCCAYGUCAUCCGGCAGCUUGAGCUGGGGGGGGUGGCCCAGCGCAGGGGGCUGCAGGACGGGGAUCGCCUCCUCCAGGUCAAUGGCCACUUCGUGGACCACAUGGACCAUGUCAGGGUGGUGCAGAAGAUCAAGGCCAGUGGGAAUCAGGUCUUGCUGGCGGUGCUGGAUGGUGACUCCUAUGAAGCUGCCAAAUCCCUGGGCAGGGACCUGUCCCAGAUGCUCCCGGAUGACAUCCGCCCACGCCUCUGCCAUGUCGCCAGGGACAAAAGCGGCUUUGGCUUCAGCGUGUCGUGUCCUGAAGGCACCAAGGGCACCUUCCAGCUGUCGGUGCUGCAGGACGGGCCRGCGGACAGAGCAGGGGUGCCACCAGGCUCCUGGCUGCUGGAGCUGAACGGGGACAGCGUCAAGAGCUACUCACACACACAGCUCAGCAAAAAGCUCAAGCAGAGCGGCAACAAGGUGACGCUGCUGGUGGCAUCCAGCGCCGUGGAGGAGUUCUACCGCCUGCGGGGCCUGCGGGUCACGGCCGCCCUGGCAGACACCUCCUGGCUGCCCUUCAAGGUCCGGGAGCUGCACCUGGUGAAGGGUCCGGCUGGCUAUGGGUUCCUGCUCAAGGAGGAUGACUGCAGCUCGGGGGGCAUAGGCCAGUUCCUGUGGGAUGUGGAUGUGGGGCUGCCAGCUGAGCAGGCUGGGAUGAAGGAAGGGGAUCGUGUGCUGGCUGUGAACGGAGAGAGCAUCGAGGGGCUGGACCAYGAGCAGACCGUGCACAGGAUCCGCGCCCACGAGGACCAGGUGACGCUGCUGGUCAUUGACCCCGCUGGUGAUGAGUUCUUCCACUCGAUUGGGCUGUCCCCUCUGCAGUUCUUUGAGGACAGUGACCCCGCCUCAGGCUCCUGCACGCCCUCCCUGCCCUCUCGCAGCGGCUCCCCUGCGCUCUGUCACGUUGAGGUGGGACCAAAGGGACCCAUGUCCUGGCUGAUGGCUGCUGCCAACAGCAUUGAGAUCAUCCAGAGCCAGCGCCAGGAGGAGCAGAGGAAGCUGUGCCAGGCGUUCUAACAGCCCAGGAGCCUCUGGACAGGCUCCCCCACUCAGCACCUCCACCCAGGCCAAGCCCAGCYCCUCGGGCCACAGCACUGCUCAGCAUGGACCCUGCACACGCAGCUCCUGUGUCUCCAUGCCUGGCUCACAGCAUGACACUCCCAGGGACUCGUCUCUGCUCACCGAGGCCGGCUCCGAGCUUUUAUCAAGCACAGUGGCAGCUCCUCGAACCCUGAAGACAGACCUGUGUCUUUGCCUGCCCAGCUACCUCCAGGGAUUUCUCAGGACAUUGCACUGAAGCCCUUGCCCAGUUCCCAGGAGAGCUGAGGCAUUGCCCUCUGCACCAUGGCCCAGGGCAUUUGAGGGCUGGCUCAGAUUUGCACGUGCAUGGACACCUCUUGCGUUUCUUCCCUCAUCCUCACCCUGAACCUGUGGGCAGUGAGUGUCCACCACUGCACUGUUCCUGCACCACCCUUUUGGGGUGUGAUUAAAGGACAAAUCCACACUGCUGCUUGUGUGGGUGAUGUUAUAGACAGCACUCCCAGGGCCAAUCCAUCCUCUCUUCUCAAUCCUGGAGUGGGCAGUGGAUGUGGGAAGCUCUCGAGGUGUGCUGUUGAGGAGGUAGGGGCUAAGAGCCAUCCCAGGAGCCCCUGGGAACUGUAAUUCCUGAAUUUUGAGGGCAAACUCCUGCAGGCAUCCCUGGUGCUCCAUGGUCAUUCCUGAGAGUUCUUUCUCCUUACAGCAGGAGCAUCAUGCACUGCCAGGGCUGUGACAAUGCUGAGUGAGGGGGACAGGGGGGAUCCCAGCAGGGGAARUUUCAUCGCUCUGCCAUGCGUGGGAGAGCAAAAACGAGCACGGAGUUUUGCAUGUGGCCAAGAACCACAGACCUCUGGCUGAGGUUUUAYCUCGGCCCCUUCUCGAGAGCGAACGGAAACGCGAUAAUGGAGCAUCGCCCCACCAGGCAGGGAAGUCUCUGCCUCUGUGGUCUCCUCUGAGCUCAGUGCAGCCAUCUGAGGUGCAAGGAGGUUUUUCCAGAGCUUUUUGGAGCUGACAGCUCGGGAGGGAGCAGGGCUGACCAGCUGSAGGGUGCUUUGGGGCUGAAUGGGUGAGGGAGAGGUGGGGAAAGCUUGGCUGGGUGCCCCCAACAGCACCAAGGUGUGGGGUCCCUGCACCUGYCCCAACAGUCCCAAGUGAAACAGUGCCAGGUGAAACCCUCCCAACAGUGCCAAGUGAGACAGUCAGAACAGUCCCAGGCAAAAUCAACCUUUGCUUGAAGUCUCAGACAUAGCUGCAGCCCCGACGUGGCRUGAAUCAUGCCCAGGGAAGCAGAUAGUCUGGAAUGCAAUUGCUCAAGAGUGUUCCCUGAUCUUUUUGGAUCAGAGCCAUGGUGAUUUUUGUACUUGGCUCUCACGAAGCCGAUGUUGCCCUCCCCAGUUCCCUCCCCAGGUACUUGUGGUAGCGUGGAGCUGGCCAGGGCACCUGCUGGUGGUCAAUCCGGCUUGACUAUUAGCCAGAAUCCAUUAGCACCUAAUGGGAAAAGCCUCAGGAACACAGCCUCAAUAAACUUUGACAUAUUUGAGGUCAAUAUAAUCCUUAGGAAAAUUUGCCCAGGUAAUUAAAGCCAGACAAGGAGUUGCCUGUCCCAGAAAUAUUUACCAAGCUUUACCAAAGGCAAUAAAAUGAAGGCAGAGAGUUUUAUAACCAAUCCAGGCCAGCUCCCUUGUUGUGUUUAGUGCUCUUCCUGCUGUCCUGUCCAUUUGACUCUUCAGCAAGUGGGUGCCAGAGGAGAAGCAAAACUCCCUCGAGGAGGCUGGAUCCAGAGGUUGAAGCUGUGCUGCCCAACCUCCAGGCCUGAGUUCAGUGUUUUUGUGCUUCCCAAAGUGCUGUGGCCAAACUGCAGCACCCGCAGUUUCCCUUUGCCUGGUUUCCCGUCACAGCCCCUGUGGUGAGGCUGACGCUGUGUGGUACCAGCCCCAGCUGGGUUUUGCAAAAGGAUGUGUCCUUCUGCCUGGGAGAGGAGCUGAAA